AUGCUCGAGUAUGCUUUAUGUUGGUAUUUGGGCGAGAAGCAGAAACUUUGGGGUGCUGCUGCACAGGUUUUGGGACUGCUGAUUGAGGUAUUGGGGAAAGGAUUUUAUAGACAUGUCAAUAGUAUCUUACCAGUGGCUCAUCGCAUCUUACAGUCUUCUAUAGAGUGUUGUCUUUGCCGUUUGCGGGGUCCAUUCUGUGAUGGGAAAAUUGCACCUGUAGAUCCUUCUGCAUUCUGGUCUUCUCUUGAGCAGCAUGAGAAAGACCGGUUCCUUAAAGCUUUUGACUUGCUUGAUUCAAAGAAGGGAAGGAGCUUGUUCUUACCUCAGACAUCUCCUGUACAUGAACAAAACAACCAGCAGAGUACAGGUAGUAUCCAACAUGUUCUCGUCUCAGCAGUGCUCAGGAAAAUGGGAAAAAUUGCCCUUCAAAUGGAGACUUACCAGAUGGGAAUAGUCUUCAACAGUUUUAAAAGUAUAAUGUCACAGAUUAGUCAGGAUGACUGUCUGCAUUAUGCGUCUGAAGUCUUGCUACCUCUGUAUAAAGUCUGUGGAGGACUUGCUGGCAAAGUGAUCCCUGAUAAUAUGAAGCAGUUAGCGGAAGAGAGCCUUGAGAAAAUGCAGACCAUUUUGGGGACUCAAAACUUUGUGCAGGUGUACAACCUUAUCGGGAAGAAGCUAAAAGCAAAGAGAGAUAAGAAGAAACAAGAGGAGAAGAUCAUGGCUGUCAUCAACCCGAUGCGAAAUGCCAAGCGCAAGAUGAGAAUUUCUGCCAAGAAUCGUGCCAAUAAAAAGAGAAAGAUUAUGACUUUGAAAAUGGCCAGAUGGAUGCAUUAGUUUAUUUCAACUUCAAGGUUAGUAUUCUUUUGCAGGUCAUGUGCAGCUCCCAGUCUUAGGAUAGUACUAGUUGCGCAUUAAAGCAACAGCCUUUUUGUUUCGGAAUAAUUCUUACGAUCCUUCUAUUGUAUAUUCUAUUAUUGAGUUUCGGAUGCUUGGCCCGCUAUAUACCAUUGCGUCUAUUCAUGUAACCUCAUGCCCUGAGCAUUUCAUCAAAUAUGAAAUGAAAUUUCUCUUCUUGAUUUUUUGAAAA